CGACGUUUCGCACUCUAUGGUUGGGCCGGAGUUGCUCCGAAGUCCCAAGUCCAAAAAAGGAAGAAGAUAUUACUGACCACCCACUCUCUGCGUCUGUGUUUGAAUCGUCGAUGGGAAUGCCUUUCGCCCUGAGGCUAUCGUUUCCUGGCUUUGCAUUUGAAUCGUCGACGACCAGCGGCAGGCGGAGAGCUCGUCGUUUCCCGUUCCGUUUCCUCUCUUCCCCCCUACAGUCCAAUCUUCAGGAUCCCGCAGAAGAAGAAGAAAACUUCGGGAAAGAGAGCGUUCGUCGCCGGAAACAAUCGAUUUUAGUGGAGAGAUACAGCAAUGGAGCUAUCAAAAGAUACAUUUUGGAUGAUGAAGUAGGAGUAAGAAUCUCUGUCACAGAAGAUGUGGCCAAUAAUAAAUUUGGAGCCCUAGACUCGUCUGUGCCUGAGACAAAACGACCAUCGGUGCUUCCUCAGUUUGUCGCCGAUUUUGUUCUACCUGCUGGCUUUCCAGGAUCAGUUUCAGAAGAUUAUUUGGAGUACAUGUUGUUACAAUUCCCCACUAAUGUCACUGGAUGGAUCUGCCACGCAUUAGUCACGUCAAGUCUUCUUAAGGGUGUUGGUGUUGGCUACUCUACAGGAACUGCUGCUGCUGCGACAGCUGCUGCAAUUAGAUGGGUGUCUAAGGAUGGCAUUGGAGCUUUGGGUCGCUUGUUCAUAGGUGGACGAUUUGGCAAUCUUUUUGAUGAUGAUCCUAAACAAUGGCGCAUGUAUGCGGAUUUCAUCGGGAGUGCUGGAAGCAUCUUUGACCUCACCACCCAAUUGUAUCCAGCCUACUUCCUUCCAUUAGCGUCUCUUGGAAAUCUGACCAAGGCUGUAGCAAGGGGGCUCAAAGAUCCUUCAUCCCGUGUGAUCCAAAACCAUUUUGCUGCAUCUGGAAAUCUAGGGGAGGUAGCUGCCAAGGAAGAAGUCUGGGAAGUAGGCGCUCAGUUGCUUGGACUUGCUGUUGGUAUACUGAUCCUGGAUACACCCGGACUGGUGAAAACGUUUCCAGCAUUGACAUUGACGUGGACGAGCAUGCGUCUUCUGCAUCUGUGGUUUCGGUAUCAAUCCCUGCUGGUUCUUCGAUUUGACACGAUAAAUCUCAAGCGAGCUCGUCUGCUGGUGAAAUCACACAUCGAACGCUCUCAUGUGCCAAGAUGCGCUGAUUGCAAUAAAGAAGAAAACAUCUUAUUGUGGGAAACAUUCACAAAACCGAGAAUUACUUUCGGUGUCCCAUUGGAAGAGAUGAUUAGUGGCAAGAAAUCCAUUUCCGAGGUGAAAGCACUUAUGAGAGUGUAUGAAAAGGAGCAAUAUCUGCUCAUGGCGAACAGGCAAACGAAAGACUUGGAGGUCUUUGUCUCGUUCAAGGUGGGAGCUACAAGCAUGUCGGUACUACGAAGUGUGUGGCAGACAUACUGGCUACAUGUGAACUGGGAACAACAUUCUCUUGAUGUUUUUUACCAGCUUGCUAAAUCCCACAAGGAGAUGGAGACCAAUUUUGACAAUUUCCUUGAGCAAUUGGGUCAAGCCGGAUGGGACACAAACCAAAUCAAUCUCAAGGUCCCCGGCGGAAUACUGAUCGAUGAAAGCUUUGGUUAGCACAAGGAAGAAGAUUCCAAUUAGUACGAGGUGGCAAGAAGCCAAGAACCCAGAGUUGAGUUAGCUUGUCCAACUCUUCAAUUCAACUGCCGUCCAAUUGUAAUAAUCUCUUGUCUCUUUCCAAAUUAUGAAAUUUCGUCUGUUCAUCUACAAUUCGGAAUGAUUGGUUUCCUUGUGCCAGGAGGUUAACAACCGUUUCUGUUUAUCUACUUAUCAUUUCGUGGCUGGGCAGAGAGAGCUUUGCUUUGGGAUGACUUGCAGGUUUUUCUGAACUUUGGCGGGUGGUCUUCGUUAAGCUCCUAAAACACACCAUUUCAGCCUCAGGUAAUGCAAAUUUCAUUAGUUUAGUAGUAGUUGCCCUCCAAUUGCCAAAAUGGUGGUACAAUUAAAUAAUUGAUUUUUUCGUUUGGGUUUUGCUUCCAGAAUCGCUAUUUUUAUUUUGUCUCCAACGAAAGCCUCCAAAAUACGAGUGAAUAAUGAAUAUCAUGGCCCUCCACUUAGAAUGAUUUAUCCAAUCCAAUGUGAUAUAUUAAAUUCCCGCCCUCGCUUGUCUAAUGAGCUUCUUGAUUCAUUAUUGUGACAAGGAAUAACAAGGGUAAAUAAAAUAAUUAGAUCCCUGUCCUAUUAACGAGCUUGUUUUUCUUCUUCUUUAAUGCGUGUUUAAAAUCCAACCCUUUUUUUUUAAUUAUUAUCUAUAUAGUAUAUAUUGUCUGUUUUUGGUCUAGUUUGUACGAAAUUUUUUUUUUUUUGCAUAUCGGGGUAACUUUUUAAUAAAUCAUUUAUCAUUGACUUGCUUCAUAUUGUGAUCGUUUAACGGUAGAGUUUUUGUAAAAGCUCUUCCAUUUUGACCUUAUAAUGUCAUUAAUGUGUAUUGUCUGUUAAAAUUGGAUUGUUUUCAUUAAUCGUGAAUCUCUCCUGUGCUUUGUCGAUGCGGGAUUUGCUUAAGGAGUUAAAUUAUAUCCAUUUUGCCUACGAUAUCAUUUGAACAUCUCAUCACUUUUCUGGUCAAGAUAUUAUUCGUUUUUGGCUGUCCCUCUCAUGGUUUUGCUUUUGAGGUGAACUGACAACGCUGAAAUUAAACGUGGUCAGAGUAAAACAGGGCAUAGAUGGAUGAUCUUUUGAGAAGUUAUCAUAAAUCAUAACACUCAAAAUAAAAAUUGCACCAGGAUAGAUCCAAACCAAAUUAAUAUCUUGGUUAGAAAAGGUUGGGAUGUUACAUCUAGUUAAUUAAUUAUGACAAAAGGAAAUUAUAUUUUUACUAUUAUUGUAGAAAACGGCUCAAUUAGCUAAAAUAGUGUAUAAUUGUCCAGAUUGAAUGAACCAGCUGACGAAUGCUAAGUGGUUAAACAAGGGAAUUAAUAACUAACUAACUAACCAAUCACGGUAACAAGUCGGAGUCGUUUAAAUGCAAUAUCUUGAUCUUUCAUUUGACACUGAGUGGAAUGGUUUAUGCAGAUGAAUCAUUACCCCAAUCCCUGCAGUACUCCGCUUCCCGGUUGUUCAAAGUUUCAUAUACUCGAUCUAUUGAAACAAAAACAAAAAAAAGUUUAAUAUGAGUGAAAAUAUAACUCCAUGCUACCGCGAUUAGCGAAUACACAAGAUUAAGAAUU